AUGACAAAACACUGGUACAAUGUGUCAGUCCUUGUGAAAAUGGAUUUCAGUGAGUUAAGCAAAGUGGAUCCAAGGCUUUUGAAUCAUUCACGUCUUUUGCACUCUAUGAUUACUGGAGCAUUAUGGCCCAUGAACAUCUCAGUGUAUCAUAUCCAGACAACCAAGUCAGAAACUUAUGCAGAGACAUUAGCUUCCCAAAUCCUAAUUGGACUGCAACAACUGGUUCCAUUGGUCAAUAUUUCUUCUUUGUUGAAGGACAUUGUGAUGAGAGUAUAUGAAGUUAUUGACAUAGCUGUACAAGAUUCUCCUCCUAUUAGAAACCACAAGAUCUUCAGUGUAACUAGUAGCAGUUUUGAAGCAUCUUGGAGUGUAAAUUCCUUGCAGAACCAUUCAUUCCGAGCAGAAGUGUACAAAGGCAAGGAACUUGUUCAAAGAAUGGAAACCACAGAUAUGAAGCUAAAUACAUCAAAUCUAGAAGCAGGUGUAAUGUAUACACUGAAAGUCAGCUAUGAAGCUUGUGGCAAAAAUAUUACCUCCUACAGAAAUGUGAAGACAGAUGCCUUGAUAUUUGGUUUAACUCUAAGGAUCUUGAACUAUAACUUCACUGACCAGUUCCUCAAUAUGAGCAGCAGAGAAUAUCAGACAUUUUCUCGUACGUUGAUGGCUGAGUUCUAUGAUUCUGUGAAAGGCUUUCAUUUAAUUGUCAUUGCAGUUGAUGGAAAUUCAGCCUGUGAAAUGACAGGGCAGCAGACAUUCAGCUUCUUGCCUACACAGAUUGGGAUGAGUGUGCAUCUAGAGCAGAAAAUGAUUGCUGUAUGCUUGCAGAAUGUAUCAAUACAGUGGGUUCAUAUAUAUGUAGAUGCAAGACAACCACAGAUGCCAAUCCAGUCCAACCGGGGAGAAACUGUGAAG